AUGUCGUCGAGACAGGCUGCCCUGUCGCUCUACCGCCGCUCCUUGAAGCUCGCCCUCGAUUGGACGGUGCAUCGCAACCUGUGGCGCGGCCAGGCGCUCUAUAUCCGCUCGCUGUUCGAGAAGAACCGAGAUGUCACCGAUCCGAGAUUACAAAGGGCGCUCCUGAAGGAGACGGAGAAGCUGUUGGAGAAGUGGAAGCAUCCGGAUCCUUACUGCCAUCCAACCGCCCCUGGAGGAUCCAAGUACGAGAGGAACUUGCCGGCUCCGAUUCUGGAUCCCCCUCCGCCGCUCAAGUUUUGA